AGUCCCCAAAUCGCUCAUAUGAUAUAUAUCUAUAUGUUCCCUUCUUGUCGCAAGCGCGUUGUUUGCCGCUCACCCGCCCAUUUUCCUUUAUCUCGAUUUCGUGUCGUUUACCGCUCUGCCCCUUUUCCUUCAUCUCAAUUCACAUUCAGCGCACUUUUGUUAGCGCACAAAGAUUUCACAAUCUUUCACUUGAAACCCUGCCCUCAUAUAUCAUAGACAGACAGUGCCUUCUAAAUGUACUUUGUCUUUUUUCCCCUGUGCCCCCUUUCCGUUUUUCUGUUCUCAGCCAGGACGGGCAUCCGUCGCCUUUGCUAGAUCCCAACCCCGCUGUUCCGGUCGGCAAUGGAGAUCAUGAUGAGCCAAAUGAAGAUAUGAGGUUGUCCUCAUGCUCCCGCCGUUCCUACAUCCCAACUCCAUACAAUAGCCCAAUCGCACGCAACCCCCGACAACGCUCACCCAACGGUAUCCCUUCAACUCGCCUCAGAGGAGGAGGCCCAAAGCGAUUUGCUGGUAGUCCGAUUACCCCAGCCGCGAAGAAGUCGAAGGUUAUUCUCAAUGGCCGUGGCAACAAAAAGGACCGUAUGUACGAUGAUGCCGAGGCAGUCCUUGCAGAUGGUAAUUCGCCACUGUAUGAUGAUGUCGAUGUCACUGCCAUUCUUCAGCACCCGACUGCCGUGAAGACCCUCGAAGGAUUGCCCAUGUAUGACCACCUUCAAGGCCUCUCUCCGGAUGCGCUUCGCCAAGCCGUUAAUGAUUUCAUCAGCAAUGGCCGCAGUGGGUACCAUGACCCGGACUACCUUGGACAGGGUUUGGCUGCGAGAGUUGUUCGAGGUCGCGGUGAAUUCGACGAAUAUCUUGAGCAUACGUUCCAGGAGACUUGGAUUGAGAGAGAAGGAGAAGGAGAAGGAGAAGACGAAAAGGCUGCGGCAUCGGAUGAGAACCCUGCCAAGGCUGCCUAAGUCUUUUUCGUACCAUCCUAUCCUUUUCUAAAUAUGUUUUUCUUUCUUUUCUCUUGUUGUCUGUUCUCUGGAGUUUGGCCAAAACGAUACCCUGGAUUUU